CAUAUUGGGAGGUUAAAGACAUAAAUCCCUUCAAUUGGAUGAGGGGGUUAGAGCUGCUUGUUUUCCGUCCAUGAAUUGGACGGGAAUUAAGGAUUGGAUGGAGUGGCUGACGUUUUGAAAGUUGGAGGGGAAAGUAGCUUUAAUUGGUAGUUGGAGGGGGAAGUAAUUAAAAUUGGAAUAGUUGGAGGGGGAAGUAGAUAUUUAACCCAUAUUUAUAUUGUGAUUAUUCUUCGUUUGUCCCUUCAUUAAGCGGAGUUUGGAACAGACACGAAAAAAAGGAGUCCAAUCCCCAGAUCUGAUCGAUUUUUCUCCAAAUCGAAACCCUAGAAACCAGAAGGAACGAUGUCUACCUUCAGCGGCGAUGAAACGGCACCGUUCUUCGGCUUCCUCGGCGCUGCAGCCGCCCUAGUCUUCUCCUGCAUGGGGGCGGCGUAUGGGACGGCAAAGAGCGGCGUCGGUGUGGCGUCAAUGGGGGUGAUGAGGCCGGAGCUGGUGAUGAAGUCGAUUGUUCCGGUGGUUAUGGCUGGUGUUUUGGGUAUAUACGGAUUGAUUAUUGCUGUGAUCAUUAGUACUGGGAUUAACCCUAAGGCUAAGUCCUAUUACCUUUUUGAUGGGUAUGCUCAUCUUUCGUCUGGUCUUGCUUGUGGCCUCGCUGGUUUAUCUGCUGGAAUGGCUAUUGGUAUCGUUGGCGAUGCUGGUGUUAGAGCCAAUGCUCAGCAGCCAAAACUUUUUGUUGGGAUGAUCCUCAUUCUCAUCUUUGCCGAAGCGCUUGCUCUAUACGGCCUUAUUGUCGGUAUUAUCCUCUCAUCUCGAGCUGGCCAGUCCAGAGCUGAUUAAACAAGGAAUUCUGGUUGGCGGCGGCGUGGCUUGUUGCACUUAAUGAAGAGAUUAUUUUGGUGUUCUCUAUGGUUUUAAGGGGUAAUUCACGUGAGGAAGUAUCUUAUGCUCCAACAACAUUCUUGUAUUUGGUGGCCAGUGCCUGGUCUGGCAGAUUGGUUGGUUGCUAUAUGUUAAUGGUAGAGUUUAGAGUACUUCUUAGUUAUGUCUCAUAAUAAUGUUGUGUAUUUGUUUCGUUUUAUGGGUGACGUGUUUCAUAAACAUCAGUUUGAAUGUGUCAAUAAUUAUUCCAGUAUUGUUUCUCCAAA